CAAACUGACAGCGUCACGGGCGAGGAAGAGAGGCCAAAGCGUAAGAUUUCAAUCUCAGGUUGAUGAAUCGAGCGAGAGGAAUUACCUCUUAUCUCAUCUUGAUGCUUCCGAUCACGGUAAUGGUGGGAUUACCUCGCCCUUGGAGUUCCGGAAAAAGGAGAUUAGGGUUUUGUCGUCACCGUGCUACUCUCCUGUCCACUUCCAGUGCGGCCCCUCGAAAGAUUUUGGACUUAUUCACUGGUAGUUCACCCGUGAUGGAGGGAGAAUCUGAGGAGAAUGAGGGGCAGCUAUUCUUCUGUGUCUCGAUGGGAGCUGUUCUUCGAUUAGUAGAGAUUCAAAGUCGGAAUUUUGCACGCCCAGCUUCGUUCUCUCGGAAUUCAUCACCUGAAGUAUUCUGGUACAGAAAGCAGUGAUCUUUUUGAGAAAAUCGAGGAAAAUAGUGUGUUUCAGCUUCGAUGGCUCCUGGAAACUUGGUUUCUAGUCUGUUCUCUGUGUUUAUGGUUCUGAUCCUUAUACCUCGCACAUACCAGCUGCAAUCUUCUCAAGCUUGGUCACUCUUGAGAAUCAAGGCACUCCUAAACUAUCCACCCGUUUUGAGCGCCUGGGACAUCAAUACAGACUUCUGCAAUGCUGACCCAACUCCGUAUCUGACAGUCGCUUGCUAUGAAGAGAGCAUAACUCAGUUGCGCAUAAGUGGUAGUGGGAGUUCUCCACCUCUUCCACGUAGUUUCUUGAUCAAGUCCUUUUUCACCACUUUGUCUCGUCUCCCAAACUUGAAGGUCCUCUCCUUGACAUCACUGGGCAUUUGGGGUCCUGUGCCUGCAAAGAUUUCUAGAUUGUCUGGUUUAGAGAUCGUCAAUAUGAGCUCAAAUUACUUGUAUGGCACCAUACCUCGACGAAUUUAUACUCUGAGGAAUCUCCAAACUCUUAUACUCGAUCAUAACAUGUUUAGUGGUUCCAUUCCUGAUGCACUGGGUGAUCUUCCUCUGUUGGCCCUCUUAAGUUUGAAAAACAACACUUUAAGUGGGCCACUUCCGAGUUCAUUUUCUGUACUGAAAUCACUUAGGGUGCUCGUGCUCUCAUCGAAUAGUUUGUCUGGAGAAUUGCCUGAUCUUAGUAGCUUAACCAACCUCCAAGUGCUUGAUGUGGAGAACAAUUUCCUUGGACCUACAUUCCCGCAGUUGAGUAGGAAGGUCGCAACUAUCAAUUUGAGAAAAAAUAGGUUUGGCGGAGGCUUGCCCACUAAUCUUAGCUCAUAUUUUUUACUCGAAGAGUUGGAUGUCUCUUCCAAUAAAUUUGUUGGGCCUUUUCUGCCAUCACUGUUGUCCCUUCCUUCUAUUCGAUACCUAAAUAUUGCUCGAAACAGGUUCACUGGAAUGCUCUUUGGAAACAUGACAUGCAAUGAUGACCUUCACUUUGUAGAUCUGUCUAUGAAUCUUCUGUCUGGUAACUUGCCAACAUGCCUGAUUUCAAAUUCUAGUAAUCAGAUGUUUAUGUACGCCUCAAAUUGCUUGAAGAUUAAAGAUCAUAGUCAGCAUCCAUACUCGUUUUGUCAGACUCAAGCUUUGGCUGUGGAAAUAUUGCCUCAUCACCAAAAAGGAAAAUCAGGUGGAAAAGUGACUGUUGUGAGUGGUGUAGUGAUUGGUGUUGUUGGAAUUUUUUCAUUAGCCGGUGUUGCAGUCUUCAUUGCACUCAGAAGAGGAAGUAUCAGGAGGGCAACCAAGAAACCUCCAAGAAGAAUAGUGGAGCAUGCUUCAAAUGGUUAUCCUUCCAAAUUGCUGGCUGAUGCAAGGUACAUAUCUCAAACGAUGAAGCUGGCGGCACUUGGCAUUCCGACAUACAAAUCAUUUUCAUUGGAGGAACUUGAAGCUGCUACAAAUUACUUUGAAACUUCAAGCUUAAUGGGGGAAAGUGGCCAUGGUCAGAUGUACAAAGGCAACCUCAGAGACGGUUCUUCAGUGGUGAUAAAGUGCUUUAAGUUUAAGAAGGGUCAGAGUUCUCAAACGUUCAAUCACCAUAUUGAACUAAUUUCGAAGCUUAGGCAUCGCCACUUAGUCAGUGCCCUUGGUCAUUGCUUUGAUUAUUACCUCGAUGAUUCAAGUAUCAGCAGAUUAUUUCUCAUUUUCGAAUACGUGACAAAUGGGACAUUAAGAACCAGCAUAUCAGCUGGAGGACCGAGGCUUACAUGGAUGCAAAGGAUUUCAGCUGCCAUCAGCAUAGUAAAGGGUAUCCAGUUUUUGCAUGGGGGUAUAAUACCCGGCUUAUUCGAUAAUCAUCUGAAAAUUACUAACAUACUGUUAGAUCAGAAUCUUGUUGCAAAAAUAAGCAGCUAUAAUAUUCCACUACUGGCAGAGAACAGGAAAACAUCGGGAUUGCCUACAAGUUCUUCGAGUGGAUCGAAUGAGCAUGGGGAAAGGUCAAAGCAUACGGAUAAGGUCGACAUCUAUGAUUUUGGUGUCAUCUUAUUGGAAAUUAUAACUGGACAGCCAAUUGAAUCGACAUCAGAAGUUGAUAUAACGAAAGAUGAGUUGCACGAAAGUAUUUUAGCCGACGAAACUGCUAGGAGAAGCAUUGUGGAUCCGGUCAUAAGCCGGCAAUGCAGCGACGAAGCACUGAAGAUUGUCAUGGAGAUUUGUUUUAGGUGCCUCAGGGAGGAACCAACGCAGAGACCUUCCGCGGAAGAUGUGUUGUGGAACUUGCAGUUUGCUGCUCAAGUACAAGAGUCUUUGGGAGGAGAAUCUCAAAGUUGCGAAGAAUCAUCUCUUUCACCUUCUUGGCCUUCUCGAUCGCCUAUCGCACUCUAAGUCAGUAUCGCGAUAGGAGAUGCCAUUCCUCACAAUCUGUUUAUUGUUAACUGGCAGAAUAUUUCGAUUAAGGUGGUUAAAGUUACUUAUGUUGUCAAUAUAUCUACCUAUCAAUGUAUGACUACAAGGGACCUUCAGUUCA